AUGACGGGGCUGACCUUGAACUCUCUGAACACCCAGUCAGCGAAGAAGUUGUUCACCUGCCAGCUGUGCGGCAAGGUACUAUGCAGCAAAGCAUCCCUGAAACGCCACGUUGCCGACAAACACGCCGAACGACAGGAGGAGUACAGAUGCGUCAUCUGCGAGCGGGUCUACUGCUCGCGUAAUUCCCUGAUGACCCAUAUAUAUACCUAUCAUAAGAGCAGGCCCGGCGACAUUGACAUUAAGUUCUUUUGA